AUGGCAACACCUUCCAUUUCUUCAGCUCAUGGGACAGAUAAGCGAGCUUCAAGCGUUGCAGCAGGUACCAAAAUGAGCUCUCGGCAAUCUCGCAAUCAUGGUUCUGCGUCUCCUCAUACUCCACAACAAUCGCGCCAUAUGCACUCGCCGUUCACCGGACCCUCGUCUCCUGGAUCAUCAUUUCGGCAUGAAGAAGACUCUGUUAUUAUCGAGAUCGGGUCACGGUACCUGCGGGCAGGGUUUGAGGGAAACAGUGUACCAAUGUGUAUUGUCGGUUUUAACCCAGAGGAGGGACGGCGCGUGGGGGACUAUAGAGGAUGGAUAAAGAGCACGGAUCAAGAUGCACAAAUUGGCAAGAUUCCGCCUACACCUUUAGGGCAGUGGUCGACUAAGUAUGAGCUAUGGACAAAGGAUAUUCGAGAUUUUGACAUAAGUCUUUUUGAAGCGAAGCUCGAACGGAGUAUUCGAGAGUUAUACAACAAAUAUCUUCUCACGGACGCUGGCUCGUCACGACUUAUCCUUGUUCUGCCUUCGAUUGUACCACAUCCUUUGCUAUCGUCCCUUCUGUCCACGAUCUUUCACCGCUGGCGAUAUCCUAGCAUCACUCUUCUUCCUUCUCCCGCCAUGGCUGCCGUUGCAGCCGGAGUCAGAUCAGCUCUCGUCGUAGACAUCGGCUGGGAAGAAACCACAAUAACUGCUAUUUAUGAAUACCGUGAAAUUCAAUCAAAACGCAGCGUACGUGCAAUGAGACUUUUAAUGCAGCACCUGGGAAGAUACUUAACUGGAAUUGCUGGGCGAAAAGGGGACUCGACCGGUGGAGCCGAUGAUUUGGUCGAGCUAAACUUUGAGCUUUGUGAAGAAAUCCUGACACGAUUUGCCUGGUGUAGGCCCCGAAGAAAGUCUCAGCAGAUAUUCCCGGAGCAGCAGUCAGAGACCUCUGGCCAAGUGGCGCCGGAUAAUUCCGUUCUUGAUUCAAUGUCCGAAUCAAAAGCGGCAGAGACCGUAUCCUUGCCGCUACCAGUAGAGGAUACGUUAGCAUGCAUAGAUGUUCCGUUCUCAUGUUUUCCUGAACUGGUUGAACAAUCUUUAUUUGGUAAUGGGGUUGGGGAUCGAGAAUUUGACGAUGAAGAUACACCAUUAGAUAAGCUGGUCUACAAUACUCUCCUUUCGCUUUCUUCGGAUGCACGAGGGGCCUGUAUUUCGCGGGUAACAUUUGCUGGUGGUGGAUCACUCAUCCCAGGAAUACGACAGCGAAUUCUAGAAGAUGUGAAGGCGAUAAUUGACCAACGGCAGUGGAGCCCAGCCGGAACCCAUACUCUAAAGAAAAGGCCUGGAAAACUACAGCUAAGCAGCAUAGACCAGCAACUUAAGACCCCAUCCUUUGAGCCCUCCACCCAUCAACAAUCGACGAGAGCGUCGGAGAGAGCCCCAGAUACUAGUUUUAUUGACGAACGGCUUCAACAUAAUGACAGGGAUUCUCAUCCACAAAUGAACGGCGCUCUCCGACAAGUAGACUCACUUGGGUCCUGGGCUGGUGCCAGCCUAGUAGCCAGCCUGAGAGUCAGGGGUUUUGUGGAAGUUGACCGUGAAAAAUUCUUGCAACAUGGUUUAUCAGGAGCCAACCGAGACCAUAACAUUAGCACGAUCAUGGACCGUCGGUCUGGGUACGGGCCGAGUAUGUCGAAAUCCGGUGGCGAUCGAUCCAGCUGGACGUUGGGAGAAUGGGCAUAG